AUGUGGUUACAAGGAUAUUAUGAAAUCACAAGCUCUGGAAUUCCCUUUCCUCUCAAGAAAGAACUUGAGAUGGCUGGAGACCUUCAGCGAGAACUCCCCAAGGAACCUCACCAUCAGACCAAAACCAAAGAAAACAAAAACACAACUCCAAACAAACAGGAAGUCAAGACCAAAGAAAGAUACAAACCCUCAGAUGAGCUGCUGGCAGAGUUUGUCAGGAGGGACGGGCAGCGACAUCACCUACGGGUGUCCUGUGAGGCACCGAACCAUGCCGACCCUCCCCAGGGCCUAUUGUCUGGAGUGGCCCAGCUGAGGGAGAGGUUGGCCGAGCUUUUCAGCAGCCUGGUACAGCAGGAAGCUCAGGAUCCGGUGGCGGUGGCAGCUGGAGGCGAAGCCUUAAAUGGUGAUGCUGAAGAUGAUACAGAAGAUGAAAACAACCCUGAUAACAGAAUUAACUCAGAUGGACCAUCUGCAAAACGACCCAAACCACCAACUUAA